AUGCCUCUGAGGCUCGGCUGGCUUUGGUGGGGAGGGCUGCUGUGCAGCUGCUGCUGCUCCCCGCCGCCGCCCGUGCUGCCCCUGCUGCCCGCCGGGGGGGCGCUGCUGGCGGACAGCAGCAGGGAGCAGCCGCAGCCUCCAGCCGCCUCCUCGCCGGGAUUCCUCUACCGGCGCCUCAAGUCGCACGAGAAGCGGGAGAUGCAGAAGGAGAUCCUGUCCGUGCUGGGGCUGCCGCACCGGCCCCGGCCGCUGCACGGGCUGCAGCCGCGGCCGCCUCCUCCCCAGCAGCAGCAGCUGCCCCCGCCGGGCAGGCUCAACUCGGCUCCUCUCUUCAUGCUGGAUCUGUACAAUGCCCUGUCCAGCGAGGAGGAGCAGGAGCAGGGGCCGGGGGCAGAGCGCCGCCGCCUGCAGCCCCCCACCGCUCACACCCUGCAGCGCAAGACCCUCAUCCCCCAGCCGGGACCCAGCGGCGGCUCCCCCUCGGCCAGCGCGCAGGACAGCGCCUUCCUCAACGACGCGGACAUGGUCAUGAGCUUUGUGAACCUGGUUGAAUAUGACAAGGAGUUCACACCUCACCAACGACACCACAAAGAGUUCAAGUUUAACUUGUCCCAGAUCCCAGAGGGGGAGGCGGUUACUGCUGCGGAAUUCCGAAUCUACAAGGACUGUGUCAUGGGGAGUUUUAAAAAUCAAACCUUUCUUAUCAGCAUCUAUCAAGUCCUGCAAGAACAUCAGAACAGAGAUUCUGAUCUGUUUCUGCUGGAUACCAGAGCAGUGUGGGCCUCAGAAGAAGGCUGGCUGGAGUUUGACAUCACUGCCACCAGUAACAUGUGGGUGAUGAACCCUCAGCACAACAUGGGGCUCCAGCUGAGUGUGGUGACCAGGGAUGGUCUCAAUGUAAACCCUAGAGCAGCAGGCCUGAUCGGCCGAAAUGGCCCUUACGACAAGCAGCCUUUCAUGGUGGCCUUUUUCAAAGUGAGUGAGGUUCAUGUUCGGACCACUAGGUCAGCCACAAGCAGGCGCAGGCAGCAGAAUCGAAACCGCUCCACUCAGUCUCAAGAUGUUUCCAGGGUAUCGAGUGUUACAGAUUACAACAGCAGUGACCUAAAAACAGCUUGCCGAAAGCAUGAACUUUUCGUUAGCUUCCAAGAUUUGGGAUGGCAGGAUUGGAUAAUUGCACCAAAAGGCUAUGCAGCAAACUACUGUGAUGGAGAAUGUUCUUUCCCACUCAAUGCACACAUGAAUGCCACCAAUCAUGCCAUUGUACAAACUUUGGUUCAUCUUAUGAAUCCUGAAUACGUUCCCAAACCCUGUUGUGCACCUACCAAACUAAAUGCCAUAUCAGUUCUUUACUUUGAUGAUAACUCCAAUGUCAUUUUGAAAAAAUAUAGGAAUAUGGUAGUAAGAGCGUGUGGAUGUCACUGA